UCGACAUUACCACAACCACAACACCACGGCGGCGCACGAGAAAGAACUAGACAGAGGUUAUAUUAGCACUAGCAGCAGCACGAACGGAACCGUUUCGUUGCAGAGGAGCAGAGAGCUUAAAGCUUAGAAUGGGCCUCUGUGUGUCAUGCGACGCGGCGGCGGAUGGCGCCUUGACCGCGAGGGUGGUGCUGCCCAGCGGCGAGCUCCGGGAGUACUCUCAGCCAGCCACCGCGGCAGUGGCGCUCGAGGAGGUCGGCCACGGCAAGCAGGGGUGGUUCCUCUGCGACGCCGACGCGAUGGGGCUCCAGGGCUCCGUCGCCGCAGUGGCCAGCGCCGACGAGCUCCGGCCGGGUCAGAUCUACUUCGUGCUCCCAGCCGAGAUGCUCUGCCGAAGCCUCACGCUCGAGGAGGUGGCAGCGCUCGCCGUCAAGGCCAGUGCCGCCCUCGUCAAAGCCUCGUCUGCCGGCGGCCGGCGCCGGCGAGGCUCUGUGGUGCCACUCGUGUUUACGCCGUCCGAGGAGGAUUACUCGGACGAUUCAGUGAUGACCUUCGUUGCGUCGAAACCGGCUGUGGUCAAGAAGCGGGUGGUGGCGUACCGCGGCGGGAGGUCGCCGCCGAGGUUCUCUCCGGACUUGACCGCCAUCCCGGAGAGCGAGUAGAGGCGCUGCACCGGCAUCACGAUACAACGCAAAAAAGAAAUCGAGCACCAUCUGGCUGGUCUUGCAUCGCUGGGGUUGGAUCGGGCGGCGGACGGAGCCGAGAUAGAAAGAGGAAAUGCUUGAAAUACGUGGAAAUAGUGCCGUUUUUGUGCUCAUGGUUUAGGCUUCAGAAAAACUAGGGAAAUGUACAUAUAUAUAUGUCAGUGUAAAUAUUUCGGAAGAAACAAAAUGUCAGUGGUAUAC